UAAUAGGCCUUGAGUAGGAUGGAAUCUGACAAGUAUAAAGUAGGCUGUGACAUUUAGUGUCGAUAACUUUUUAGGUGUGCCAUUACGUCAUGGGAAACGGUGAAUCAUAAGUUCGUAACAUAAAGAGUGUGGACAUGCAAGUUUUACUUUUAGGAUUGUCAAACGAGUGUUUCAGAUAGGGCAUGUGAGAAUAUAAGUAUCAGUUAUAUUUUUAGGCUUACCUGUUUCUAAGUCUUAAAAGUUCUUGAUAUAAUAUAUUAUAUUUUUCUCGUGUAUAUUUAAUUAUUCUGGAUUGUGUAGAAGCAAGGAACUGUUUGGAAAUGGUGCUUGGCUCUGGAUCACAGAAUGGUAUUAGCCCUUCCAAGAAUAUAGUUACAGAAACACUAGUGAAACAAGAAAGCCAUCUCUUAUUCCACAGGACUAGUAGCUCUCUUUCUCAUCAGUGUGAUGUUAAAUCUGAAGCUCUGCAGUUUACAGAAGAAGAGUUCAAAUCCGUAGCUGAGUUUUUCAAAGACCCUGCAACUUUUGAGUUCCUUCAAAAAGCAGGAAAAAGCAAAGCUUUGCAAGAAUCAGCUCUAGGAAGACUUUCUCUUUAUGUCAAGUUUGACCCUUUAUUAAGUGGUGAUGUUUCUGUCCAAAAGCAGCAACAAAGCAGCCAUCCUGAAUCUCUGAAAGAAGGGCUAGGAGAAAAAUCUCUACUGAUUACCACAAAUGACAGUAAUACAGACCAAGGCUCAAUCGUGACAGAAUGUGAUGGCAAACAGGGGUUGUCCUAUGACCUCAACAAGCUCAUAGACUUCAGUUCCUCUCCCAAGAUAAAG